AUGUUUGUUCUAACACCCAGACAAAUAAAUUAUACUAAUAAUAUUAAUGAAUAAUAUAUUAUUUAAGCUUCAAGGAAUAUAAUGGAUCACUUUAAUAUAUUAGCAUAUGGAUAUAUAUAUUUAGAUAAUCACUUAACUAUUAUGAUUAAUUGUAAUGAUGAAAUCAAAGAUAAUCAAAUUUAUAUAUCUUAACAUUUGUACUUAUAAUUAAAAGAUCCUUAAAAUGUCCAUUUUGUUAAAGCAAAUCACUCUCCUUAUUAAUAUGAUGAUAAAAAUUUUAGAUAUAAUUUUUUUCCUAACAUACCAAUAUGUAAAGAAGUCACAUUAUCAAUUGUAAGUAUAUUUAAUAAAUCUCUUAGAUCAACAAUGAAAAUUCAAGAUUAAUUACCCAAAAAUUUUUAAAGGCUUUGUUUCAUGUUCCAAUUAUGAUCAAAGAAAAACUUAUAAUCAAAGGUACAUUAAAUGAUGAACAAUUGCUUUAAAGAUUAUAGUAUUGUAUUAUCUGAAAAUAGACUGUAGAAUUGUGAAAUAUCAUCUAAAUGUAGAUCCAAAAUUACUAAUUGUUGUCAAUUAAAUAAUUUAUUAAGAGAUCAAUAUGUCUAUAUUCAUAUUGAUAAGAUUUAAGCAGAAAAAUAAAAUGAUUGGUAUAUUCUUGAUUUUAAAGUUACUAAUAUCAAAUUUUAAGAUGAAUAUUCUUAUUCUAAUGUAAUUAAAUCAACUCUUGAUUUGAAAUUCUAAGAUAUUGUAUAUCAAUUAGGAGAUUAUGAUAAUUUCAAAAAAUAAAUAAAUGAUAUCAUAAGACUUCAUAAAUCAAUAUCAAUAGGAGUUGAAAGUAGAAAGAAGUAAGCAUUUAUAUUUUAUAUAGUUUAGUUUAGGAAAAAGAAUUUUAUUGAAAUAAAUAGCAAAUUAGAAUGGAAUAUUGUAUUUUGAAAAAGAUUUUGGUUUGAUUAGUUCUUUAAGAUUCACUGAAAAAUUGAUAUUAAAAAUUUAAGAUUCUCCUUGCAUACUUUUGUUAAGGAAUUUCUCAAAAAUUGAAUAGGUUUUAUUACUUAAUAAAUAACAUGUGAGCAAAGAUGAUGUUAGUAAUGAAAUGAUUAAGAUUAUAAAACGAAUAAAAAAAUUAAAAAAUGUGAUCUUAAUAUUAUCUAAUGAAAACUUUAGUACUUAUCCAAUUUUAAAAUCAUUCGUUGAUUUUUAUAUAAAAUUUAAUCCAUAAACUAAUGUUUCAAAAUAAUUAAUUGAAUUUUAUCAAUUAGAAUAGAAUGAAGAUGAAAUAUCAUAAUUAUUAAGAGAAACAACAUGGAGAGUAUUAGAAAAGGAAAUUAUUUAAAAUAAAUAGAAUUUUGUUAAAGAAUUAGAAUCUAAAUUAAAAAGUAAUAAUAAUUAUAAAUUAAUAGCUUAAACAAUUUCAUCAAAAACAAAGAUGGAUGAUGUUGGUGGAAUGGAAAGUGCAAUCAAAGAAGUUGCAAAAACUAUUAUAUUACCACAAAUGUAUCCUGAAUUAUUUGAUGAACUUGUAAAACCAAGAAGAGGUAUACUAUUUUUUGGUCCACCUGGAACAGGUAAAACUUUAUUGGCUAAAUGUAUUGCAUGUGAAAUGAAAAUGAAUUUUAUUUCUGUUAAAGGACCUGAAAUGUUGAAUUAAUAUAUUGGUUAAAGUGAAUCCAAUAUAAGAGAUUUAUUCAAAAAAGCUAAAGACAAUGCACCUUCACUUGUAUUUUUUGAUGAAUUGGAUGCCUUGGCUCCAGCAAGAGGAAAUUAAAGUGAUUCUAAUUAAGUUAUGGAUAGAAUUGUUGCUUAAUUAUUAACUGAAAUUGAUAAUUUAUCAGAUGGAAUAUUUAUUAUAGGGGCUACAAAUAGACCAGAUUUAUUAGAUCCAGCCUUAUUAAGACCAGGAAGAUUUGAUAAAUUAAUGUAUCUAGGCAUUAAAACUGAUAAAGAAAGUAGGGUUAAAAUAUUAAGAGCACUUACUAAAAGUGAUAAAUUUGAUGAAAUUAUUGAUGAAAUACCAAAUAAUAUGACUGGAGCUGAUUUUUAUGGAUUAGUAAGUUAAGCUACUAUUUAUGCAACAAAAAGAACUAUUAAGAGUGGGUUGAAUGAAAUGGAAUUAGCUAUUGAAGAUUUGAGAGAAGCCUUGAAAAGUAUUAGACCUUCAGUAAGUGAAUAAGAUUUAUAGAAAUAUGAAGAAUUGAAAAAAAAGUAUUAAUGA